CAUCGCCUGUGGUGGUUUUGAGAGUGCAGUGACAAUCUGCUUUGUCUGUCGGCCAUUGUUGGACCUCUUGAGCAGUCCGUCGACGGUACUCUCAGUAUAGCUACCGCUGCCGGUUGCCUGGCGAGGUACAUGCUGUGGUGUCUUGCUCUGGCUUCGAACGGUCGAGCUGGGUAUGCGAAUUUUAUCGCAGUCGAUGCGAUCGGUGCUUGAUUAUCAAGGCGACUGCAAUUAGAACAAGCGAGAAGUUUCUAAUCAAUUGUUGCUUGAAGACCCAGCUGGAUACCCAACAACCCAAGAUGGCUACUGCUGCGCCUUAUAGGCCGUCGCCUAACGGCAACUCGAUGCCCCCUCAGGCAAUGCCUCGGAAUGGAGCGAAUAGACCACCACCGAACGGCAGAAGACCCCGUUAUCCAGGUCCGCCAGACGUCGAUGGUGCCGGAAUGAUUCCACCAGCCCCAGACGCAGCCCGGGUGCGUGCAAUGUCCUACCGAAACAACCCUCCGGCCGUGCCGGGCCAUCGCGGAGGAGGCCCCUCGUUCUCAGCCAGAACAAGGGAGAUGCAGUCCGACUGGAACCCAGCCUUGGACGGCCAGCAGUGGUAUGGAGGCUAUGCGAUGGAUGACCGCGCACGGCCAAACCCUCCUUCGAUGAACGGCCCUCAGAAUAUGCAGUAUGGAGGCGCUCCGAGGGUCGACCGCAGACAGCCUCGCCCUCCGAAGAAUGCUCUCCUUCCGGACGUAUACCAUGGAAGCCUUCCUGGAGAAGAAAUGAGACAGUCAUAUCCUCCAAUGGGCGCUCUUCCUCGAAAUGUACAGUAUCGGGGCUCUACGAGAGACGACCACAGACAGUCUAACCCCCCGACCAACGUUCAACCUCAGGAUCCUCGGCAUAGACGCUCGGUAAGAGAUGAUCGCAGACAGCCGCCACAACCUUUACCAAAUGCCCCUCCCCAGGAAACCCAGCAUAGAAGCUCGGCAAGAGAUGAUCGGGGACAACCGCCACAACUUCCGACGAAUGCUCCCUCUCAGGAUGUGCAGGCCCCCCCAGAGAGUACUAUUCCUCAGGACGGGCAAGAUCUGUCGAUGCCUGAUGAGGCCCCAUCGGGAGGAGAUAACCACGAAAUGGUUUCGCCCAUGGGUUCAGUGAACCACGAAUCACCUCUGAGUCGCUCCAGCACCAUGCGUUCGACUAAGGAGUCGCGUCGAGACUGGGCUCAUGAUCGAUCGCCGCUUCAAAAACUCGAAGUGAAAUUGACGGGCCUCACCAAGGAAGAGAAAAGAGCCCGUGCCCUAGAGGCCGAAAUGAGGCUCAAGGAACGGCUCGCCAAACCCGAAACUGAUCAAAGUGAGCCAGCGCAAUCUCAGCCUCGCGAAGCCCCAAGAGAAGAUGAACCAAAACCCGCUGCUCUUCCGGACGACCAGCAGCCUCAUCACGAACACUUUGCAUCAUCAGGUGGCCCCCCUGCUGGUAGAGUACCUCGUGGCCACACCAGAGCUCAGUCUCAGAAUCCAGAGUAUUCAAAACCUGCCAUACAAUCACACAGAGAGGAUCCAUAUGCUGGUCAACCCCCCCCGGGCCUGGGUAUGAACCCCAAUGUUGGUGUGAGAAGACGAAUGACAGUUGGCGAUCAACCCAGUCUACCUCCUGUCAAACCCACACCCAUGAGACAAGGUCCGCUUAGAGAUAAUAAUGGCCCCUUCCCAGGGCAUGAGCCGCGUGGUCCUCCCAUGCCUGGUCCUCCUUUAAGAUCGGAUACCAUGAGAUCGUCGGAAGGGCCCAUGCACUAUGCCGACAAUAGAUAUCCCCAGGAUCGACCGAUUCAGUCACGACAACUUCCUCAGCAACCUCAGCAGCCUUCAAGGAGAAUCGAGCCGUACCCUCCGAUGACCGGUGUCCUACAGCAGAGGGGGAUAAAUGUCACCGAUAAUAAUCCCUCUAAGAGGAUGGAAUCGUAUCCUCCAUCGAUGGGCGUCUACCAACAGAAGGGAGCCAUCGCUGUUGAGAACCCAUCGUCGUUCAGCCAUUCGUUCGGCCAUUCGUUCGGCCAUUCGUUCAUCAACCAAGAGCCAAACCAGGCAUCAAUCCAAGACCCAAGUGUAGGUGACGGAGAGAGGGACGCCAUGACGAUGUCCGAUCACACCGGCGGAACAAUUACACAGGCAAAGCCGAAGAAGCCAAAUGUCUCCUUCGAUAUGCCACCUCCGACUCCUCCUCCGCUUUCCGAAUGGAGGGGGGCGCCUGUGCUUAAGCUGGAACUCUCCGAUUUCGAUUUCCAAAACCUCGAUAUCGAUCGAAGCAAGGCGUGGUGGGAAGGCGGAACCAGCAAUGACCGCAGACAGAGUCGCGUCCUUCCGCCAAAUUAUCAAAAACCAGUGCCCAAGACCCCGGAAGCCAAGAAGAAAUUCCAGCCUCGUCUUUUCUUACAAUGUGGUCCAUUGCUUCGCUAUACGGGCAUAGCAUACGAGAAGAUCGACGGGGUAAGCGGUCCUAUUGAAAAGGAGACGUGGAGAGGUACGAUCUUGAUCGUCACCAAGGACUCUCGUUCUAGCUACGAGUCUCCCCCGGUUCUAAGGCUUUUCUCCCAACCGAUGGACCUACUCCCUCCACCCCCGAGUGAGGUGCUGGGGGAUGAAGGCGCUCAACUGGCCCCCGAGUAUGUCGAUCCGAUAGCUGGUAUGAUAAAGCUCGGCCGGGAUGGCCGGCCACUCUACGUCAAACCGGUCGAGGAUCUGGAGGAAGGGGUUGAUUUGUCGCUGAUCGAGAACGAGGACGGACUGUAUGAGCAGACACCCUCCGCUCUGGACUAUGGUGCCCAGAGCACCAUCCCUGCGAGCCGGAUCCAUGCCGCCGACGGCGAAACCGCCGGCAUUUACAAGGAAAUCCCGGGAUUCCGCCUUCAUGCGGACGUGGAUCGUGACGUGACGUUCUGGCGGUUCAAUGUGGAAGUGGAGCUGGGCUCUGAGCAGCAACGCGUCGCCUAUCGAAUCAACCAGGGACCGGCGAUGGGUUUCUGGGUUCCUGCACGCAGAACCUCAAUGAACAUUGCGUUUUAUUCUGGCAAUGGGUUCGGCUUAUCUGCGGCUUCAGACAAGGUCUGUGGCCCUGAUCCUCUGUGGCGAGAUAUCCUCAAUGAGCAUCAAACUCGUCCCUUCCACGUCAUGAUCGGAGGCGGUGACCAGAUAUCCAACGAUAGCAUCCUAACGGAAUCACCGCAUUUCCAAGAAUGGAUCAGGAUCAAGAAUACCGAAGACAAAUACAGUACGCCGUUCACCGGCGACUUCCGAGCCGAGGUGGAAAGCUUCUACAUGGACAGCUACUCGACUUGGUUCUCGCAGGGACUAUUCUCCCUGGCAAACUCUCAAAUCCCCAUGAUCAAUAUGUGGAAUGACCACGAGAUUAUUCAAGGGUUUGGUUCCUACUCGGACCAGUUUAUGCGAACCCCAGUUAUAGCUGGUUUGGGGAAGACUGCUUUCAAGUACUAUCUGCUGUUCCAGCACCACACAGUCAUCGAUGAGACGGAAGCGCAUGAACGCAGCUGGCUCCUUGGAGCACAGUCGGGACCUUAUAUUCGGGAGAAGAGCAGAAAUCUGUUCAUGUCACUCGGCAAGGAUGUCACAUUCCUGGGACUGGACUGCCGGACGGAACGAACUAGCACCUCAAUUCUCAACGAGGCAACCUGCGAUCUCAUAUGGGACCGUUGUCAUCGUGAGAUCGUGAAGGGUGAAACGAAGCAUCUCAUCGUGCUUUCAAGUAUUCCCAUCGCUUAUCCGCGAGUGGCGAUGAUCAAGAACCUUCAGAACAGUCGCAAGUCCCUAGGGAAGGCAGGCAUGUUCGGUGGCCUUCUGAACAGACAUGGUGGCAAGGUGGAAAUCUCCGAUGAUCACUGGACAGCCAAACACCACAAAGAGGAGCGGACCUGGUUGAUUGAAGAUCUCCAGGAUCUUGCUGCAGAGAAAUCUGUACGAGUUACUAUACUGAGUGGCGACGUACACCUCGCAGCCAUCGGUGAAUUCUACUCGAACCCAAACCUCAAUAUCCCCAAGGACCGUGAUUACCGAUACAUGCCCAACGUUAUCUCCUCCGCCAUGGCCGAUCUCCCGGAGACGGACAUGAUCUCUGAUAUGCUCAACAGACGCAACCGAGUGCACCACGUGGACUCCAACACGGACGAGGACAUGAUUCCGAUCUUCACCCAUGAUGUGGACGGAAAGUCUCGCAACAACAAACGCCUGCUACCCAGGCGAAACUGGUGUGCGAUUAGAGAAUACCAGCCAGGUACCUCUGCUCUGCCAACGCCUGAGUCAGAAAUGGCUCGACCAGUCAUAGAACCCCGACCGAACAAACUACAGAGAACUCUAUCUCUCACUCGAAGUGAUCGGCCUUCGGGUGGCGGUGGUGGCCUUCUGCGACGCCUGUCGCUGCGCGGCGGUGGUCCUCCGACCAAGGAAUUCUUCCCGAGCGACGGCAGUCUGAAUACAAGACGGAUGAGUAUGGACGGGCCGUUUCCCAUGACCGAUGUCAACAAUUCCGAGGGAUAUUUCUCUCAACCGCCGGCUGACGCCGAGUCCCGGCCUACGAUAUUUCACCGUCGCCCAACGAACCUUAGCCAGAAGGCGGCUCGGAAGGCGGUUCAGCAAGGCGACGACGGCGUAGGCGCCUUUGUGGACCUACAUGGUGGGCUGGCCAUCACGCUGAAUCUGGAGGUUAAUCCGCGGGAUCCCUCGGGCAUCACUUCACCCUACAAGCUCCUGGUUCCCGUGUUGCGGUUCGCGGGCGAUGAAUAUGAUCCCCCAGCCACCCAGAUCACCAAGGGGUGGAGGAAAUGGCUAGGUGUGCGUAAAAAGUCGGACAAGAGCUAUCUGGAACAGGGUAACGCGAGUGACGAGGAAGAUGAUGACCAUGAUGAUGAUGACGACGAUGAUGAUGUUGAUGAUGUUGAUGAUGAAGUUGACAACGAAGACGACGAUGGUGUUGAUGGCGAUGGCCUCUACCCGCCUGGGUACGAACGAUAUCUGGGAGCUCGAGACGACUCCCCUGAGCCAGAAGACAUUGACGUCGAGACGAAGAAACCGCGGAAGAAAUGGUUUGGCGUGGUCUGAUGGUCUCAUGCGAUACGACUUGAAUUAUUGAUCUUUCUGAAUGAUGAUGCUUUUGGAAAUGUCCAUCAUCUGUAUUUUAUUUCUUCUUUUCCCUACUGCUGCCUGCCUCUGCUAUGAUUUAUGAUUGAUGAAUGCCACGACUGUUCCAUCAUCUUACUACAUAGUACAUACUCCACUUAUCAUUAUUAUUACUAUUAUUGAUCAGCGAUAACUCAAUCCUAUCUGAUUGAAAAUGUGCUCGGUCGAGGCCAGGGCGGCUUUCUAAGCAGGGCGCACGUGACCGUGGUCUCGACAGGCUGCAGUCUCCGAUUAGUGAAGGGCCACCGGGUCGAGAAAACUCCAUGAUUAAGAAUCACCCCCUGCGAUCCACUCAGAUCAACGUUGCCGACG